GCAGCAGUUGGGUUUGUCAGUGAGGAGCAAGUUCCGACCGCUCACAACUGAACAACCCAGCACGGACUGAUCCCUUCAAAAUGAGCUUGUCAGUCGCGUUAUUUGAGUCAAUAUUAAACUAUCCGGAUGCUGGACACUGAUAUCUUUCCGUCGCACGAAUGUCCUUUUGAACUUGUCUCUCAGCUGUGUUGUUUAAUAUCAGCGUGCUGCUGUUUGUAGAAGUUUUCAGGACUCUUUCGCUCACUGACCGCUCCGAUAAAGCGACGCCAUGAUCCCCGAAUGUCCCCGCGCCGGGGAGAGAAGCCGAACCCGCUUCCAGCACAGCAGCCCUGCAGCCGAACCGAGCCCGGGCCGCGGCGGCAGCGGCUUGUUGUCCGCAAUUAAAACCACGGUCAACAACGAACCGUUCACCGACCACUACACCAUCAUCCCCGGCAAAGAGCUGGGAAGGGGGAAGUUUGCUGUGGUCAGGAAGUGCGUUGAGAAAUGCACGGGCCACGAAUACGCCGCAAAGUUCAUGAGGAAGAGACGGAAAGGCCAAGACUGCCGGAUGGAGAUCAUCCAUGAGAUCGCAGUGCUGGAGUUGGCCACAGCCAGCCUCCGGGUGGUCAACCUCCACCAGGUCUAUGAGAUGGCUUCUGAGAUGGUGCUGGUCCUAGAGUUUGCGGCUGGAGGCGAGAUCUUCAACCAGUGUGUGUCGGAUCGGGAAGAUGAGGCCUUCAGCGAAGAGGACGUGAAGAGGCUCAUGAGGCAGAUCCUGGAGGGAGUCUCCUUCCUCCACCAGAACAACGUUGUCCACCUCGACCUGAAGCCUCAGAACAUCCUGCUGACCAGCAGCUCUCCUCUGGGUGACAUCAAGAUCGUGGACUUUGGUCUGUCCAGGAUGGUCAGCAGCCACCAGGAGCUCAGAGAGAUCAUGGGAACUCCAGAAUACGUCGCUCCUGAGAUUCUAAACUAUGAGCCCAUAAGCACAGCAACAGAUAUGUGGAGUAUUGGUGUCUUGGCCUACGUGAUGCUGACAGGAAUCUCUCCGUUCCUGGGCGAGGACAAGCAGGAGACGUUUCUCAACAUCUCCCAGCUCAAUGUGAGCUACACGGAGGAGGAGCUGCAACAGCUGGACCCAGCCGCCCUGUCCUUCAUCCAGACACUGCUCCGCAAACAGCCACAGGUUCGGGCCACAGCCGAGCAGUGUCUCAAACACCCCUGGCUCCAGUCCUCGGCGCCUCAGAAAACCCAGACAGUGGAGGAGAUCCUCCCAGUGGAGGAUCAGGAGGCGUCCAGCUCUGCCAGCAGCUCCACCAGCAGCUCCACCAGCAGCUCCACCAGCAGCCCUGAACCUCCCUGCAGUACGACCAUGGGUGAGGAGGAAGAUGAAGAGGAGGAGGGGGAAGACCCGGUGACAGAGGAGCUGAUAGUCAUGGCUGCCUACACCCUGGGCCAAUGUCGCCAAUCCUCCGCCUCCACCUCAGAGAAGGAGGCGCUGGCCACCGAGCAGAAGGCCAUCUCCAAACGCUUCAAGUUUGAGGAGCCUUUCAGCGCCCUGCAGGAGGUCCCCGGAGAGUUCAUCUACUGACCCCACCCGCCACACGACAGGAAAAGUUAGUGUUGUCACGGUAACAAACAUAGACCUUCUGAUUAUACAAGCUCCGCUCCAUAUAUACUGUAUGUGUAUGAUCAGAUGCCGCUUCACAGAUAUUAUUUAAACAGUUGUAUUUUAAGUGCAUUUUUCAAGUACAUAUUUCUCCCAUAAUGCAUCACCACGAUUGACAGACACCCAACCUACCUUCUAAAGCAGUUACAGUUGGUUCACGUCUCUUGUGUUUCAUUUGGUUUCCUGCUGUAUUUUUAUUUUCUCCCUGAACAACUGGACAAACAUACAUGGAGUGACACACUGAGAUAUUUCCACAAGCUCCAGUAGAGUUUGGUGUUAAAGAGUGAGGUCUCCUUUCUAGAGACGCCAUUUUAGCCCCACUUUCAACAGUCAAACAGGGAAACAUCUGUAGAAUAGGCCAAUUGAAAGGGUGCUCAAAAAUGCACCAUAGCAGGCUUGAAGGAACCAGUGUGUGGGAUUUAGUGACAUCUAGCGGUCAAGUGUCAGAUUGCAAGUAACUGAACACAGCUCAAGCUUAUAUUCAACGACCUGGGAAUGAGAACAGGCUGUGAAGCGUGUAGGAAAAACGAUGGUGGCUGUGGAACUCGCAAAAGGGCCUGUCUACAGCCAGUGUUUGGUUUGUCCCUCCUGGGCUACUGUAGAAACAAGGUGGUUCAACAUGGCAGACUCCAUAGAAGGCGACCUGCUGCGUCUGUAGAUAAAAACAUCUCAUUCUACAGUAAUGAAAACCUAACAAAUCUUAUAUUGAAGUGAUCAUACACUAAUGAAGACAUCCCUAUGAAUAUUAUCUUUAAUUUCUGACAAUUUACCCUCCUAAAUGUUACACACUGGACAAAAAGAACUACAAUUCCAUGUCAACUGAGCAAACAGCUGCUGUGGAAGAUUAUGUACUAAGACUGAAAGCUCCAGAACAGCUAGUAACUGGACCUGUCCCAAAAAAAAAGAAAGAAAUUCUUCAAAUAAAUAUUUGUGCUAUAUAUCUAAAUUGCGUCUUACUUUUUUGACACAUUAUUAAUACUAUUAUUAUUCCCUAGAAUAACGUCUCUUGAAGUCUCCUGCAGUGUAUUUCUGCCAUGCCAGAAAAAUAAAAACAGAUCAUGUUAUAACAUGAAACAUGACAUAGUAUAUUGUUAUAAUAAGGAACGUGUUUGUUAAUAACGUGAUAAGCUUGACAUGAAAUUAAUUUGAACAUGAAAGUAUCUUGUUAUAAUGUCUAAACGUCUUGUUAUAACAAUAAACUUUUUACACUAUAAAAUUGAUGAUCCAAUUUUCUUUUUCUGGUGGGGCAGCAAUAGGCUUCCGUAGAGUCCACACCACACAUCUAUGGCAAUCUAUGGCUUUUUCUUCUGUUGCAGUAGUGGCCACUGGGACAAAUUGGCAGCAAAUUGGCUAUAUCCAGCUCUCCAGUUAGACAGAAAUGUCUAAUGUGAAGUGAAAACUGUCGUAACUUUUAACAGAAGAUGUUCAUAUAAGACCCCGUCACUCAUAGUGAAAGCUGAGAAAAUCAGUCUCAGGAUCUUUAAUGCUGGUGUCAUUCUGCCCAGUUACUAUAAAUCAGUGGACCCCUGUUAGCCAAUCAGAAUGAAGAAUUAAGUGGCUAUAGUAUCAGACACUGAACCGUCAUGUUUUGAUCACGGGGCAAAAGGCAUUCUGGGAAACAAAGACAUCGUAGAAACAGACAGGUCGGGUUGAGGGAAGGUGACAAACUAACUCCUGUCACAGAUACCAGAUGAUGGAGAGAGAUCCACUUUGUUACAUGGCAGUCUGUCUACUGUAUGUAAAGAGUGUGUAUAUAGCACACACACACUUCCAGUCAUCAUAUAUGUGCAUGUGUACUGAUGAGUGAAGGGGUUGCAGUUGAGUCCACAGACUGUAUAUAAAGAUGGAUGACAUGUCUCCACUUCCUCCCAAUGCUUAAACAAACAUCAGUGUGAUAAGAGCUACCUAAAAUGACAGAAACCAUCUUGGGCAAUGUCUCAUAUUUUAUUUUUUGUGCAACAUUUAAGGGGCAGGGUUUAUGACCUAUAGUGCAACCAGCCACCAGGGGGCGAUCCAGAUAUGUUGGCGUCGCUUUUGUGGAGUUGUCAUGUCGUCCAUCAUACUAUACAGCCAACGGUUGAGACUGUUCUUAUUGCUAAACAGUGAGAAGUUACUCACUUUUCUUCCUUUUUUCAUCAUUUCUGUAUUCAGAAGCCAAAUGUUUGUUGGUCUCAGUCUAUUUCCUCGUCCAUGCUGCUGUCCUCUGAACAGAACCAGCUCCUGCUCGCUCAACCCUGUUUGUGUUUUGUCUUAUUUUGUAUUUGGUGCCAUGCUUGGAGAAUUGUUUGAUUUUUAGCUCUUGCUGUUAUUUUUUAUUUUUUAUUUCUGUUUAAUAUUGCAGAUAUUUCUGAGGAAGUUUUUUAAUUGUGUGUACAUAAUGCAAAUGUGUGUUGUUUUUAAGAGGUAUAUUCAACAGUACUGUUUAAAGAGCCAUUUCACAUAUUCCUGACUGACCUCCCUGUGGCUCACUUCUCUCUGAAGCAAUAAAAACAGAUGAUUUUAAGCUGUACCUGUAGAUGGCGAGCACUCCACACUUCCUGUGGGUCUGUACUGUAAAUUUAUGUUUAUGAAACAAUAAGCUCUGUCACUAUGGGAACAGAUUUGUACAUUAAUGUCCCGUACUGUAAAUAAACAUUUCAAAAUUGA